AUGAAGUAUGAAGAAAAGAGCCAGAAACGAGAAAACCUCCAAGAGUAUUGUGCUUUGAAAUGCCAUGCCAAAAGGAUCAAACGAUCGAUCGAUAUUUUUUUACUAGGCGAACCGCUUGGAAGCACCUUUUCGCGGAGUUGA